AUGUUCCGAGCCCGUCGAUACCGAGGCCUGCUGGCGUUCGCUGCCAUUUUUGUCUUGGCCGUCAUUCAUUUUACUUCCUCUCGAGAAACUUCAACCGUCUCUCUUGACAUUCCUCCGCCGCACGUGGACCAACCCGACCCGGUCUCGCCGAUUCCGCCCGCCGAUAAACAACAGGAACCCGCUGGUUCCUCACCACCCCCGUCGCAAGAGGUUCUCCCCGAUUCUCCUGCCUCUCAGAAGUCCACAGACUCGAAUGCCUCCGAAUCCGAUUCCAAAUCCGAUGCUUCCUCCCACGAUCAGUCUUCGGGCGAGGGCUCGCCUCAAGCCCCCGAACGCCCGCAGCCGUCCAGCGAUGCGCAUAAACUCAAAGGCGGGCCUCUUCUCUUCCCGGGUUCCCAAGGCCAGGAUGCUCUGAAGGUAGAGCCCGCAGCAAACCCGAGACCUCACUGGCAAAGAGUCCCCGAGAAUUUCCCCAUCGCGCCUGAAGAUAUGAUCAAGCUGCCGGCCGGCAGGUCCAAGACGCUUCCGACCCUACAGGCGAAAUUCCGGGACGAGACCUCUGCCGAAAAGAUGAAACGUAUAGAUAGGCUAUCAACUAUCCGAUCCGCCUUUGAACAUGCGUGGAGUGGGUACAAGGCAUCGGCAAUGGGCCACGACGAACUCAAACCCCUGCGGGGUGGGUUCCGUGACACGUUCAAUGGCUGGGGAGCGACGCUGGUUGAUACAUUGGACACGCUCUGGAUCAUGGACCUGAAGGAGGAAUUCUCGAUUGCCGUCGAUCAGGUGAAGAAGAUUGAUUUCACCACCACCAAAUCCGACGACAUCCCGAUCUUCGAGGUGGCUAUUCGGUACAUGGGCGGCUUGCUCGGCGCAUACGAUAUCUCCGAACAUAAAUACGAGGUCCUUCUUGAGAAGGCCAUCGAGCUGGGAGAGAUCUUGAUUGGCGCUUUUGAUACGCCUAACCGGAUGCCAAUCCUCUAUUACAACUGGGCGCCAGACUACGCAGCUCAACCGCACCACGCCGAUGCGAAGGCAGUUCUUGCCGAACUGGGCUCUCUCUCCGUGGAACUGACCCGUCUAGCUCAACUGACGAAGGACAACAAGUACUACGAUGCCAUUGCGCGCAUUACGAACGAACUUGAGCAGUACCAGAGUAAGACAAGCUUGCCCGGCCUAUGGCCUCUCCACGUCGAUGCCUCCGGAUGCAGAAAGGCCAACAACCCGCCCCAUCCUGCCAAUAGGCGCGUGGAUGUUCCAACUCCCGUUCAAAAGCCGGAUUUGGGUCCGACGGACGCUGAGAGCUAUAAGAACCUUUUCGAGGAGCAUGAAAAGCAUGACAAGCUCCAGGCGAGAGGGCUCCCCGAUAACGCAGAACCCGCCGUUUAUAAUAACCCCGUGAAAGAAUCGAGCCCUAAGCCGAAUGGAAAGGCCAAGCCGGUGGCUGUAACGGAAUGCACCGAGGGUAUCACAAGCCCAACGUCCGCUAUCGAUAAAUAUGGACUCGGCGGUCAAGCUGACUCGACGUACGAAUAUCUUCCUAAGGAGUAUAUGCUUCUGGGUGGCCUCAAUGAGCAAUAUCGUACCAUGUACGAGAACGCCAUGAACGCAGCUCGCGAGCACAUUAUCUACCAGCCGAUGAUCAAGGACGUUCGCAACAUCCGGUUCACGGCUACCGUUGGCAUUCCUAAGCCCGGACUGGCGGGUAAGGUUUCCCAUUCCUAUGAAGCAACCCAUUUGGCUUGUUUCAUGGGUGGCAUGGUCGGCAUUGGGGCCAAGCUAUUUGGGAUUGAGGGCGACAUGGACCUCGCCGCCAAACUUACCGACGGCUGCGUGUGGGCGUACGAGUCUACCAAGACUGGCAUUAUGCCCGAGCACUUCCUUGUGGUUCCCUGCACGAACGACGGGCCAUGUGUGUGGAACGAGACUGCGUACUGGUCAACAUUGGAUCCGUACGCCGAAAAGCGGGCGAAUGCUGCGUUAGCUGCAGCGAGCAAAAAACAGGAAUUCGCCCGUGACAGCCAGGAUUUAACUCCUGACAGCGAAACGUCUGCAUCUGCGUCGGCAUCUGCUACAUCAGUCGCCGGCUCUUCCAGGUAUCACGGCAAACGAUCUCCCGAACGAGGCAAUUGGCAUGUCAUUGCAUCACCUACGUCUGCACCUAAACUCAAGUCGGCCGAUGCCGAUCUAGCAGACCGGGACACCAAGAAGAUGAGCAUGGCUUCCCAUGAAGAAUUCGUCAGCGCCCGGAUUGAGAACGAGCGCCUGUUCCCAGGCGCUGUCAGUAUUCCCCGUCGCGAGUACCUUCUCCGACCGGAGGCGAUCGAGUCUGUCUUUGUCAUGUAUCGUCUCACGGGCAAUAACUACUGGCGUGAGAAGGGCUGGAAGAUGUUCCAGGCAGUUGCCAAAUACACUCGCACGGAACUGGCCCAUAGUGCCAUCAACGAUGUCACGGUGGAAGGCCCGCGGACGCAAGAUCGCAUGCAAUCCUUCUGGCUUGCCGAAACACUCAAGUACUUUUACUUGCUCUUCAGCGACCCCAGUGUGGUCAGCCUUGAUGAAUAUGUAUUAAACAGCGAAGCUCACCCGUUGAAGCGACCUGAAUACUAG